AUGGACAAAGGAGCAUAUCAUGAGAUGUGGAAGAAAUCACCAUCACCACCAGGCAAACACAGCUGCAAAUCUCAUCAUCACCACUUCAAUACAUGGGAAGAGAGGGCUUUCGAAGAAGAUGCAGCCGGGCCCUUUGGUGCCUUCAUAUGGCCUCCAAGAUCUUAUUGCUGCAGCUUCUGCAGAAGAGAAUUCAGGUCAGCCCAAGCCUUGGGUGGUCACAUGAAUGUCCACAGAAGGGACAGAGCUAGGCUCAGGCAGUUCCCCCUGGCUGGUCCUGAUACCGAUCCUCAGCCUCCCCAUAAUCAUGAUCAUCAUCAAGUUCUUCACCCUCACAACCUUCAAUGUCAUACUCCAAGCAAAAGUUCAUUAAUGGGUGUAGUUGAUUGCACAGAUCAGGUGAUUGAAAGCUUGGUUUACAAUAAGCCCACUAACCCUAGUGCCCCUAGGGUUGUUGCAUCACCUGUGGUACUAUUCUCACCACCAGCUAGGGUUUCACCCACACCUAGCGACAUUCACCAUCAGAAGAAGAAUAAGUCUUUUUGUAUUGUUCAAGAGCAACCCAGCUGGUCUGAUUUGGUGUUCACCACUAGAACUUCUAGCAGCAGCAUCUCUUCAGAUUUGAAAACAGAAAGAGGAGAGAAUAAUUCGAGCAAGAAGAAAUCAAUGGUACUAGUACAGAAUGGUACUAAAGAUAGUGUUCACUAUCCCAAUUUGUCUGUGAGCUUGGAUUUUGCGGCCGGGAAGGAGGAGGCUGCUGCUGUUAGGAUCAAGAGACAGAGACCGGAGGAGGACGAAGCAUUGCUACCUUUGCUCCUAGAAACAAAUUCGACUCGACAUCAUCAUCAUCUUCGACCGCAGACCAUUGGCGCAAUGGAAGAGUAUUUGGACCUUGAGCUUCGGCUAAAUGUGAGGUAA